AUGAGAAUACAACAAGAUGUGAUUAAUUUUUUAAAAGUUGGAAUAAACAAAAAUGGGAAUAUUCUUGGUGGGACAAAAAAGGCCAUGCACUGUGGCACAAAAACUAAUACCAUUCGAUCAUUUUCUUCUACACACAAUUUAGAAAAAAAAAAAAUGAACAUGUUUACAGCAAUUAAUUCAGCUAUGCACAAUGUGUUUGAAAAAGACCCUCAGUCAAUACUACUAGGUGAAGAUGUAGCAUUUGGGGGUGUUUUUAGGUGUUCUUUAGAUUUAAGAAAUAAGUAUGGUGACAAAAGAGUUUUUAAUACUCCUCUGUGUGAACAAGGAAUAAUUGGUUUUGCAAUUGGGUUAGCAGAAAAUGGAUUUACAACAAUUGCAGAAAUUCAAUUUGGAGAUUAUAUUUUUCCUGCUUUUGAUCAAAUAGUAAAUGAUGUAGCUAAAUAUAGAUACAGAUCAGGUAACAGUUUUGAUGUUGGUAAGUUAACUAUACGAUGUACAUGGGGUGCAGUAGGGCAUGGGGGUCUUUAUCAUUCACAGAGUCCAGAAGCAUUUUUUGCUCAUGCUUCUGGAAUUAAAAUUAUUGUUCCUAGUGAUGCAUAUAAAGCUAAAGGGUUAUUACUAUCUGCUAUUAAAGAUCCUAAUCCUUGUUUAUUUUUUGAACCAAAAAUUCUCUACAGGUCAUCAGUUUGUAAUGUACCAGUGGAGGCAUAUGAAUUAGAGUUAGGCAAAGCUGAUGUGGUAAAACAAGGUAAAGAUAUAACAAUUGUUACAUGGGGUUCAUUAGUGCAUAAAAUGAAAAUUGCAGCUGAUACUUUGUUAAAAAAACAUCAAAUAGAUUGUGAAAUAAUUGAUUUACAAACAAUUAUUCCAUGGGAUAUUGAUACUGUUCAAAAAUCCGUUGAAAAAACAGGUAGACUUUUAAUUACACAUGAAGCUCAAGUAACCAACGGAUUUGGAGCAGAAAUUGCUGCCAAAAUUCAAGAAAGAUGUUUUUAUAAUUUACAUUCUCCUAUUAAAAGAGUGUGUGGUUAUGAUACUCCUUUCCCGCAUGUUUAUGAACCCUUUUACAUUCCAGACGAGCAUAAAGUUGUUUUUGAGGUGAAAAAUAUGAUGAACGUAUAA